GCCUUACUGCCUUACUGCCUGAAUUGGUGGAUUCAAAUGUCACGCUCCAAAUUAGGAAAGGUGUCGGACGGGGCCCGAUUACUUGCUCCAUACGUUCCUCUUUUCCUUCUCCCAAUGUCACUUCGUCAUCUGCAUCUUCCCUUCAACAAUGUCGGUCGGGUGACUCCCCAGCGCUUCCUGCUCAACUGUCCGAGCCAGGAUCGUCCUUGUUCUUCUCGCCUGGGGCUCCUCAGAAGGGCGUCAAGCCCAGCCUACCUAGAGGACUCAAAUCAUAAUAUCCUUCGCUUACCUCAGUUCUUGGAUGUCAUCACGAGUUCAUUAAAUGCGGGUCUGCUGAAGACACUGAUCGCUUGAAGCGAACUCCGACUAUCACUGGGCACCAUCUGACCACCGCAUCCCUAGUCCGGAGCUUCCUUUCUAAAGAUAGUCUCCCCGGGCGCUUACAACCCGC